AUGUUUAACUCCCUCUACUCCGAACCAGUGUCAAAGAAGGAUGAGCAGCUUAAGUUGGGGGCAGAUGAGAGUUCGACGAAUAAGAAGAGAAGAGAUGUGGAUGUGGUGAUAGCUGGGCGGAAGAAGCGAGACGAGGAGAGGAGGAGAGUGUUGGAGCAGAAAGAGAAAGCCCUCAAGGAGAGACAGCAGAGAGAAAAAGAGAAACAAGAAAAGCAGAAAAUGAAAAAAGAAGCCGACGAAAAACGAGCGACUCGUGAAAUCAACAAAAACAAGGAAAACUACCCCAGAAACAAAAAUAGCGGAGACAAUUUAACGGGAACAAAGCCGACGGAUGAGAAAGUCGAAACGACUGAUGAGAAGAAAUUAGAGUUGCAGGAUAUAGAGAGCAAUGGAGAUGCGCAGAAUGAUAGUGCGAAAGAUUCGGCAAGGAGCUCAGAUUCGGCUAAAUCUUCAACUUUUUCGGCGAAUUCGGCUAAUAAACCGACAAGGCUUAAGGACUUGCCGUCUUUGCAGAUAUACCGACCAGGCGCGAAGGCCAAACAUAACGACCAGGAAUCACCUCCCGAGGAUCGCGGCUCUGCCAACUCGUUUCUAGACCGAGAUCACGACUCAUCUUCGGCUAACGAGCAAAGUGGAGUUGGAACACGAGGCGGAGGUGGGGGGUCGGACAGAUCGGGAGGAAGUGGGGGUGGGGAAGGGGGGAGACGAGAGCGGAAUGGUGGAAGGGCGAAGGGGUUUAGAGAGAUCAAACCGUCGAAUAGGGGAGGAGGCAAUAGCAGCAGCGGCACUAGCUCGGCAAGCUCAAGUUACCCGUCUUCGCGCGGCGGAGAGCGCAGAAAAGAACCACCCAAAAAAGAGCAACAACCCCCAAAUGCAAUCAGAUACUAUACUUCAAAGCUGGCCGAAGCCAAGAAAGAAAAAGACAAAGACGAACCGACCUCAUCGAAAGCAACGAGGGAAGAUUUCUUUGAAAAAGAAGGCAACGAAGGUGAAAACUCGAGAACCGAAAAUGUGAGGUCAGAAAUUUUCAAUGAUAACAGUGGUCGAAAUUCCGCAAGGAAUCCGAACAUAAAAGAUCCGAGCUCGAGGAACUCAAAGGCACAAAGAGCAAAUCCAGAAAGAGGGAAUCGUAGAAAUGAUGACUAUGAUUGGAACCAAGGGUACGAUGAUGGUUAUUCCGGAGGGGGCUUCUAUGAUCGAGGAGCUGCAGGGUUCCAUGGGAGCUCCUGGAACUCAAGGAACCGAGGUCCUCCGAGUUCCAGUAGCAAAGGUUAUGACCAGUAUAACAGUUAUUCUAGAAGCGGAAUGGAAUAUAGUGGAGAGCGUUAUGGAAACGAAAGAUCGGCGGUUGCGAUUCGACAACAAUCGGCUAGGACUUCGGGUGGUGGUAAUUUGGAUCGAAGAAACCCAAAGCAAGGAUUCUCUACUGGAAAUGAAGGAACCAAAGCGACUAAAAGCGACGAGCCCUCAAAACCACCGCGAUUCAGCGAUAGAAGACGUGCAACCGCGGCGUCAAAUAACAUUUCAGACCAAAGUGAAAGGCCGUAGCAAUUGCGAAAAGUCGCAGUUGUUUUGGAGUCAAGUCAUCGAGAAAAGAUGUCUUUGAUUAAACUGAUGACACUUAAGAAGUGCUUACGCCAAGUGAAGCUGUAUGGAUGAAAAGUUUUGAGAACGCUCGCUUGGACGACACAAACUUUACAUGGACAUCGAAAAACAAAGCAGCAGAUGUUAAUCAUCGCAAAUUGAAGAGAACAAUAUAGACAUCGGAACAUUCUGCGAUAGCAUCGAAUCAUUUGAAAAACAUUUUGGUUAUGGCUAGUAAAACAUCAAGUUGGCGUUGAAACAAUUAACAAUCGAUCAGCGACUAAAGAACCCGCAAAAACUAUACGAUGAUUUGACAACAAAAAAUAAAAAAACUCUUGAAAUCGAUUUUGUUUAGCUUAAAACUCAUUCUUAUAACCAUGAGUAAGAUGCAUCUUAAUUUGCCGUUUAAUUUUUAUUUCGUUUAAGUGAUUCAUAGUCUCAUUGCACCUAGAAUAA